AUGGGUAACGUAUUCGGAAACCUCUUCAAGGGCCUUUUCGGCAAGAAGGAAAUGAGGAUCCUCAUGGUUGGUCUUGAUGCUGCUGGAAAGACCACUAUCCUCUACAAGCUCAAGCUCGGUGAAAUCGUCACUACCAUUCCAACCAUUGGAUUCAAUGUUGAAACCGUUGAAUACAAAAACAUCUCCUUCACCGUUUGGGAUGUAGGUGGUCAAGACAAAAUCAGACCAUUGUGGAGGCAUUACUUCCAAAACACUCAAGGACUUAUCUUCGUCGUUGAUUCUAAUGAUCGUGAACGUGUCGGUGAAGCUCGCGAGGAGCUUAUGCGUAUGCUCGCUGAAGAUGAGUUGAGAGAUGCUGUUCUUUUGGUCUUCGCCAACAAACAAGAUCUUCCUAACGCCAUGAACGCUGCUGAGGUCACCGAUAAGUUGGGUCUCCACACCUUGAGAAAUAGAUCGUGGUACAUUCAAGCUACAUGUGCUACUUCCGGAGAUGGAUUGUAUGAAGGCCUUGACUGGCUCAGCAACCAACUUAAGAACAGAACAUAA